GUUUUUGUUUGGGAACAGUCUUUUGCAGAAACACACAGGAGAUAGUCAAGAUGGACUGGUAGCAAAGUGCUACAUGUGAGACAGGUCCUAUUCACAAAGCUUAAGUGGAAUAUGCAGAAGCGUCUUUUGGCAGUAGAGGUCCUUUAUAACUAAGACCAGGACUCAUUAACCUACUGAAGGUGACUGGAAUAAUUUUACAAAUCCAAAGAUCAACAUGGCUGGCCAAAAAAUCAGUCUCCCUGCUAAGCUGAUUGACGGUGGUAUCGCAGGGCUGGUGGGGGUGACGUGUGUGUUUCCCAUCGACCUGGCAAAAACUCGGCUGCAGAACCAGCAGGGCCAGCGCCUCUACACAGGAAUGUUAGACUGCUUGAUCAAAACAGUUCAACAGGAAGGUUAUUUUGGAAUGUAUAGAGGUGCAGCAGUGAAUCUCACUUUAGUGACUCCAGAAAAGGCCAUCAAACUGGCAGCAAAUGAUUUUUUCCGAAACCUGCUGUCUAAUGACGGAAAAAAUCUUACUCUUUUUAAAGAGAUGUUAGCAGGGUGUGGAGCUGGGACCUGCCAGGUCAUUGUUACCACACCCAUGGAAAUGCUCAAAAUCCAGCUCCAGGAUGCAGGGAGACUAGCUGCUCAGAAAAGUGUGUCAGAAGCCGGUGGCUCUCCUCCCCCCCAGGCCCGAGAGUUCUCCACUGGGCCAGCAGCCGCCCGCAGACGCCCAUCCGCCACUGUGCUGGCCAGGGAGCUUCUGAAAACCAAAGGGAUCAGCGGGCUCUACAGAGGAAUCGGUGCCACGCUGGCCAGGGAUGUGCCGUUCUCCAUGAUCUACUUCCCCAUGUUUGCCAACCUCAACAGGCUGGGGCAGAGAAGCCGUGGGGAGACGGCCCCCUUCUACCACUCCUUCCUAGCGGGCUGUGGAGCCGGUGCUGUGGCAGCCAUGGCUGUGACCCCUCUUGAUGUCAUUAAGACUCGUUUACAAACCCUCCGAAAAGGUGUGGGAGAGGACACUUACAGAGGAACUGUGCACUGCAUGAGGAGAAUCAUCCAGCGGGAAGGGUACUCUGCUUUCUUGAAAGGGGCUGGGUGUCGCGCUCUGGUCAUCGCACCUCUCUUUGGGAUUGCCCAGGUGGUCUACUUCUUUGGCGUCGGGGAAUAUCUCCUGGCCAGUGUUGCUUAGGUACCUCCCUGGAUGAAAUCCUGGCUCAGUUCGGAUCCUUGAACAAACAGCUUUUGCAUGUGCUACCGAAGAUGCUAAACACUUUGCUAGAAAGAAUCCGCACAUCAAUGGCUUUGCUACUCCCAGAGCUUACAAAAUCCACCUGUAUUUCACUGUUAUACUAUUACUUGGACGGUAAUAGUCUAUAUUACAAUAUGUCAUUAUUAUAAUAACUUUUCAAUAUAAUAACUUGUUGGUAAUCACCUUACUUUAAUUGCAAAUGUUAAAGCUCUCUGUGCUUUGAUAAUAACAGAAUACCAUACUGCCACGUAAUGGUUCAACCAAUUCUUUAAUCGAUAAUGUAGCCUUAGCAAAACUAUCACUGACCCUUACUGCUGUCUGCAAGAUCUGUUUGUCAAGUGCUUGUUUGUUUUUUACUUUUAGAUAUUCAAAUGCAGUUAUGGUUGCUGCUUUCUACAGUCUUCAGCACAGCAGUGAGGGAUCGAUGAUUAAGUUUCUGAUCUAUUUCUUUCUCUUAGCUCACUCUGGUGUGCCUGAUCUUCAUGAUUCUGUUUAGACCAUAGGGGGUCUUUACACUUCACCUGUCUGUGAUGACUGAACAGACUACAAAGAGAACCUAUACAACACGAAUAUGAUUGUUAAGAUCUGCAUGAGUUUAUAGUUAGUACAAAAUUAAAGUUUUAAACAUAAAAAACAGGUAUACUAACUACACAACUACACUGUAGCUAUCAUUUACUACAAUAAAUCAGCAAACUUACAUAUUAACAUUAAAAACAUAUAUUUAACAAAGGUAUUUUUCCAAUAAUAUCAUUUUGUUAAACAAUGUUUUGUUAAACAAUGUCAAUCCGGCAUCGCUUGGAACUGGAAAAUUGUAACAGAUUACACAGUGUGCUGGUUUACAGAGCUGUGUAAUGACACUCUGAGGGAGGCUACAUGCAGUUUACUUUUGUUUUUAUAAACCAUGUAGAGUCACCAUGCUUUAUCAGGGUGUCAGGGUCCAAUAUAAAUUAUCCUAAGAGCUCCACAGAAUGAAAGCCAGCAAACCAAUUGUAUGAAAUUAAAUGUACUCUACAUUUAACAAUAGUGUAGUAAUUAAUGAUUAUUUUGUUAAUUGACUAUUUAUAUGCAGGAAUAAAUACAUUCUUUGAUAUACCUGCAUUUACCAAUAAGCUUCCGAUAAAUGUCUGAAAAGGAAUCUGUUUCUUCAUCAUUUCUGACAUUUACCAUCUUAUUAGAUAAAUGUUGACAUUUACCAGUAAAACUUAAGGUUAACUCAAUUCUGACUUUUACCAAAACAUACACCUUCAACUCUUUACAAUAGUGUGAGUUAAUUACUAAGAAUUACAAUAGCACACCACUAGGGGGGACCAUAUAGUACAAUUAUAUUCAGAAGUACAUACAGUAAUAAAACCAAAAUCCUGGAUUUAUUGUAAUUACUACUGUACUAAAGACGAUAUGCAGCACCCAUUGAUGUCAAUCCAGAUCCUCAAUGCAGUGCACUGAUCUGGAAUUGCAGUGGUAAGGGGAUGGCGUGCACAGUUGGCCACAUUUGUAAUGCAUCGUUAUUUUGCUAAAGGUACAGAGCACUAUAUUUCCUGUCCUGUAUUCACAAAACAAUUUAAUCCAAGUUAGAUGAUCAUGAAACUGUUUUAGACUGUUGUAAAGAAGCCAAAAAGAGCUGAGAAAGUGAAAUGUCUUUCUUUUUUUUUUUCUUUUUUUUUUACUGAGCAAGUAGCUUACAUUUGUCUUCUUUUUCAUGAUGUUUGCAUUUGUUCUUGGUGGUUCUUAUUGCGACUACACAAAUAUUGUGUGUAUUUUUAUUUUUAGGUGUUAAGGUUUAGCUUUGAGUUCUAGUUGCCGGUCAUGGACAUAUGUAAUGCAGGCUUUCAUAAGUAUUUGAUUACCUUUGCUCUUCUGCUGAAGAGGAUCAUUGUUCAAAUUGUAAAUUACCUAUUUUUGAGUUUUCAAUUUGGGGUUUAUCAUGAAGUCAAGAUAUUUUUAUGCUGUUGUUUCUAAUACAUUUGUGGCUGGUGUCACAGACCGUGAUUAACACUAAUCUUGAAUGAACAUACCUAAAAUAACAGAAGGAGGUCCACGUCAGUCUGUGAUAUUUGCUGCUAGAACCAAGUGGAGCUACAACACCCUCCCAGUUACAGAGACACAACGAGGUUGUGUCUAGUUCUCUUCACAGAAAAGGAUAUUGGUGUGUGGCUACAUUUACACUGAAAGUAUAUUGCGGUAUGAAUGAUUGCCUUCAUUGCGUAAUUUAGAUGAAAAAGCAUUGGACUCAAUUACAUUUUAGACACAGAAAAACAGUUGUCCUGAAAUAGAAACACCUGUGAUUUUCACAGCUUUUUCACACAGCACUAGCAUUUUUGUAUUCUUUUUUUUUUUUUUUUACACAC